AUGUCACAGGGCCGUGGUUGGGACGACAACUGGAACUGGUCUGGAAACGGUAACGACGGCGACGAUGACAAUCAGGAUGAUGGCCCCAAUGAUGGCCAGGGUUGGGCCGAUGAAGAAUGGAUGGAUGAAGCAGACAAUGAUGACAGCGAUGUGAAGGAGGGCCAGAAGCGUCGCCGCAAGGACGGCCAGAAGCCGAAGCAAGGCGACGACAAGAAGCCGAAGCAAGGCGACGACAAGAAGAAUCCGUAUAAUUUUGCCAAAUACCGCAGAACGAUCAAACGGGAGACCCAACGCGAGUGCGAGUACCAUGCGGAGCAGAAGCGGAAGAAGUUGGUGGAGGAACAUGCCGCAGAGACGGCGGGGCUGAAGGACAGCCACGAGAAGGAGAUGAACGCGGCCAAGGAAGACUUCCGUCGCAGAGAGGCAGAGUUGGAGGAGAGGCUACGGAAGCAGGCCACGGACAUCGCCGAGCACCUGGACAGGAUCGAGGCUAUGAAGCUAGAGCUCUCCUCCCAGCAGAGGGAGAUCACUCGGCUGUUGAUGGCUGCUGCCUCGACAGCGGCCAAGGUGGAGUCCCUACAGAGGGAGCUGGAGCAAGAAGGUGCUCGAGGGGCUGAGCUGGAUCAGAGAUUGGCCGAAGCAGAGCAGCUGAAAAGGCGCUACAAUUUUGCCAUCCGCAAAUGGCAAAAAAAAGUCGCCGAUCUCAAGGACCAGAUCGCAGUCCUCCAG